AUGGAGAGGAACUUGACAUACCAGCUGGGCAGAGGCGGCUCUGAGGACAUGUCGGUGGGUUACACAUUGCCAACAUCUAACUCCCCUGCAGCCUAUGAAUCCGCCUUCUACUACCCAGACCUGGGCAUCAUCUGUAAUGCUGAAAAUAUUCCAGCAUUUUCAUCUACCUUUUUUCCAGUGCUGUACUCCCUACUGUUUGUGGUAGGCCUUGUGGGAAAUGCUUUGGUGAUUUGGGUUCUAACAGUUUUCAAGAAAAUCAAGACCAUGACUGACGUGUAUCUGCUGAACCUCGCCAUCUCUGACCUUCUCUUUGUUUUCUCCCUCCCCUUCUUGGUUCGGUACUCCAUUAUGAGUCAAUGGACUUUUGGAAAUGCUAUGUGUAAGAUCAUCAGCUCAGCUUAUUUCAUUGGUUUCUACAGCAGCGUCUUCUUCAUAACCAUCAUGAGCAUUGACAGGUACUUGGCCAUAGUCCAGUCUGUCUAUGCUCUGAAGAUUCGAACAGCUGCCCAUGGGGCUAUCACCAGCCUGGUCCUUUGGGUAAUUGCCGUUUUAGCAUCAAUGCCAGACUUAAUUUUUUACCAGGAAGUAAAUGACAAUAACCAGAUUAAAUGCAUCCCUCACUAUCCUGGUGGCAACAAUGGCUGGAAGACUUUCAGUAAUUUUGAAGUCAACAUCCUGGGGUGGUUGAUCCCUGUUGGUGUCCUCAUUUUCUGCUACCACAGCAUCUUGAAAAACCUGCAGAAGUGCCAUACCCAGAACAAGUACAAAGCAAUAAAACUGGUUUUUAUUGUUGUAAUUGUGUUCUUCCUCUUCUGGACUCCCAUCAACAUUGUGCUUUUUUUGGACUCUCUAAGGAACAUGUACAUCAUUGAUGACUGCCAGACAAGCCAAAGGCUAGACCUAGCUCUGGAGCUGGCUGAGGCUCUCUCCUUCGUCCACUGCUGCCUCAACCCAGUUAUCUAUGCCUUUGUGGGUGAGAAGUUCAAGAAGCAUCUCUCUGAAGCUUUCAGAAAAUCUCUAUGUUUUCUCUUGGUCUGCAAAGACUACAGAGCUUUCAGUGGACGCAGCCUGGACAAGAACUCCUCUCUGCACACAAGGUCCUCACAGUCGUCUUCUAUUGGUACAGUCUUGUAGAACUACAUGUCAAAAACUAUC